GAUCACCACUUGCCUAAGAUUCCUUGCAUUCAUCAAAACAUCUUCGAAUAUAAAACAAUAUUUUCAUCACUAUAAAUACCCACACUCACACCAUAUCUUCUUCACACCAAAACCUUUAACCCAUCCUUUCUCUGCUUAGCCAAACACCAAUCAUGGCAUCAAUGACCAUACUACCCUUCUUUCUCUUCCUUUCCUUUAUCACUUUCUCGUUAGCAUUAGACAUACCAAUACCAACUGGUCGUAGUAACGAUGAAGUUAUGACCAUGUACGAGGAGUGGUUGGUAAAACACCAAAAAGUGUAUAACGGGUUAGGAGAAAAAGACCAAAGAUUUCAAGUUUUUAAGGAUAAUUUAAAAUUCAUUGAUGAACACAAUGCUCAAAAUUACACUUAUAUUGUUGGGUUGAACAAGUUUGCAGAUAUAACUAAUGAGGAAUAUCGUGACAUGUAUUUGGGCACGAGGAGUGAUGCUAAACGCAGGGUUAUGAAAAAUAAGAUCACCGGUCACCGGUACGCUUAUAACUCCGGUGACCGGUUGCCGGUGCAUGUUGAUUGGAGGUUGAAAGGUGCUGUUACUCACAUCAAAGAUCAAGGAAUGUGUGGAAGUUGUUGGGCAUUUUCAACCAUAACCACGGUGGAAGCUAUAAACAAGAUAGUCACAGGGAAGCUUGUGUCUUUGUCAGAACAAGAGCUUGUAGAUUGUGACAGGGCUUUCAAUGAAGGAUGCAAUGGUGGUCUCAUGGACUAUGCAUUUGAAUUCAUAAUUGGAAAUGGUGGGAUAGAUUCAGAUCAAAACUAUCCAUACAAGGGAUUUGAGGGGAGAUGUGAUCCAACAAGAAAAAAAUCCAAGAUAGUGAGCAUUGAUGGAUAUGAGGAUGUUCCAUCAAAUAAUGAAAAUGCAUUAAAGAAAGCUGUGGCUCAUCAACCUAUUAGCGUUGCUAUUGAGGCUUCUGGAAGGGCUUUGCAGCUCUACCAAUCUGGUGUAUUUACUGGUAACUGUGGGACAAGCUUAGAUCAUGCUGUGGUGGCUGUUGGAUAUGGUUCUGAAAAUGGUGUUGAUUAUUGGUUGGUGAGGAACUCAUGGGGGACUAACUGGGGUGAAGAUGGUUACUUCAAGAUGGAACGUAAUGUGAAAAGAACUUAUACCGGAAAGUGUGGAAUCGCAAUAGAACCCUCAUACCCUGUGAAGUAUGGUCAAAACUCUGCAGUCACUAAUUCAGAUAAUGAAAAAAAUGAAGUGCUUGUUAGCAGUGCUUGAACCAACAUCAUUAUCAUUACCUCAACAAGUGCUAAAUUAAUAUGGCUAUUAGUUAAUCUUGUAUAUAGAUUAUUGCUUCAUGUGAAAGCUGCACCUCUAUGAAUUUGUACUGUGGCUUUCACUAUCUUUAAAUUUCAGUGUUUAAUAUGAAUUCAACCUGCUAGUUAUAUUUGGAUUUAUAAA